ACUAAGCACCGAUAGAAACUAACCAUCUCCGGGACUGUGAGGAAACUGACUGGAAGAGCUCGGGUCCCCCAGCUGUCGGAUUUUAAGGACGGAUGAGCUGAUCCGGACUUCGGUGAUCAAGGGAAGAAUUGGAAAUAAUCCUCAAGGAAAGUGACAAUGAUUCCUGCGCGACUGCACCAGGACUGCAAAAAGCUGGUCCUGCUGGGAGUUCUCCUGGGGGUUCAGUGGGAAACUGGAUGCACCCAAAUCCACUAUUCGGUUCCUGAGGAGCUGGAGAAAGGCUCUAGGGUGGGGAACAUCGCCAAGGAUCUGGGGUUGGAGCCCUGGGAACUGGAGGAGCGCGGAGUCCGCAUCGUCUCCAGAGGUAGGACACAACUUUUUGCUCUGAAUCCGCGAAGCGGCAGCUUGGUCACUGCCGGCAGGAUAGACCGGGAGGAGCUCUGUAUGGGGGCCAUCAAGUGUCAACUAAAUCUGGAGAUUCUGAUGGAGGAUAAAGUGAAAAUAUACGGGGUAGUGGUAGAAGUGAGGGACAUUAAUGAUAAUGCCCCGUAUUUCCAGGAAGGUGAAUUAGAAAUAAAAAUGAGUGAAAAUGCAGCCACUGGGAUGCGGUUCCCCCUUCCCCACGCUUGGGAUCCGGAUAUAGGGAAGAAUUCACUCCAGAGCUAUGAGCUCAGUAGUAAUACUCACUUCUCCCUGGACGUGCAAAGCGGAGCGGAUGGUAAUAAAUAUCCGGAAUUGGUGCUGGAGCGCGCCCUGGACCGCGAGGAAAAGGCCGUUCACCACCUAGUUCUCACGGCUUCCGACGCGGGCUAUCCAGUCCGCACUGGCACCGCGCGCAUCCGUGUGGUGGUCGUUGAUGCGAACGACAACGCACCAGCGUUUGCUCAGUCCGAGUACCGUGUGAGCGUUCCGGAGAAUGUGGCCGUGGGCACUGAGCUGCUUCUGGUAAACGCCACCGACCCUGACGAAGGAGCCAAUGCGGAAGUGAUGUAUUCCUUCCGGUAUGUGGACAACAAAGCGGCCCAACUUUUCAAGCUAGAUUGUAAUUUAGGAACAAUUUCAACAAUGGGGGAGUUGAACCACGAGGAAUCAGGAUUCUACGAGAUGGAAGUGCAAGCAAUGGAUAACGCAGGAUAUUCUGCACGAGCCAAAGUCCUCAUCACAGUUUUGGACGUGAAUGAUAACGCCCCUGAAGUAGAAGUCACCUCUCUCUCCAGCUCCAUUCUGGAAAACUCUCCCAGAGGGACAUUAAUUGCCCUUCUAAAUGUAAACGAUCAAGACUCUGGGGAAAAUGGACAAGUGAUUUGUUUCAUCCAAGGGAAUCUGCCCUUUAAAUUAGAAAAGGCUUAUGGGAAUUAUUAUAGUUUAGUAACAGACACACUCCUAGACCGAGAACUGGUUCCUAGCUACAACAUCACGGUGACUGCCACUGACCGAGGAAGUCCGCCCCUGUCCACGGAAACUCACAUCACCCUGAACGUGGCAGACACCAACGACAAUCCACCCGCCUUCUCUCGUGCCUCCUACUCCGCAUAUAUCCUAGAAAACAACCCCAGAGGAGCGUCCAUCGUCUCUGUGACCGCCCAUGACCCCGACUAUGGAGAGAAUGCCCGGGUCACUUACUCCCUGGCGGAGGACAGCCUCCAGGGAGCUCCCCUGUCCUCCUACGUCUCCAUAAACUCAGACACUGGCAUCCUGUAUGCGUUGCGCUCCUUCGACUAUGAGCAGUUCCGAGACUUGCAGCUACAAGUGAUGGCACAUGACAGCGGGGACCCUCCACUCAGCAGCAACGUGUCGUUGAGCCUGUUCGUGCUGGACCAGAACGACAACUCGCCAGAGAUCCUCUUCCCCGCCGUACCCACCGAUGGCUCCAUGGGCGUGGAGCUGGCACCCCGCUCGGCAGAGCCCGGCUACCUGGUGACCAAGGUGGUGGCUGUGGACAGAGACUCAGGCCAGAACGCCUGGCUGUCCUACCGCCUCCUCAAGGCCAGCGAGCCAGGGCUCUUCGCGGUGGGGCUGCACACGGGCGAGGUGCGCACAGCGAGGGCCCUGCUGUACAGUGACACACUCAAGCAGAGCCUGGUGGUGGUGGUCCAGGACCACGGGCUGCCCCCUCUCUCAGCCACUGUCACGCUCACAGUGGCAGUAGCGGACAGCAUCCCCGACGUCCUGGCUGAUCUAGGCAGCCUUGAGUCUCCCGUCAGCCCCGACAAUUCGGGCCUCACGCUGUACCUGGUGGUGGCGGUGGCUGCGAUCUCCUGCGUCUUCCUCGCCUUUGUCAUUGUGCUGCUGGCGCUCAGGCUGAGGCGCUGGCACACGUCGCGCCUGCUCCAGGCUUCAGGAGGUGGGUUAGUGGGUGUGCCCACGUCUCACUUUGUGGGCGUGGACGGGGUGCGGGCUUUCCUGCAGACCUAUUCCCACGAGGUCUCGCUCACCGCUGACUCGCGGGGGAGUCACGUGAUCUUCCCGCAGCCCAACUACGUGGACACGCUCAUCAGCCAGGAGAGCUGUGAGAAAAGCGAGCCUGUCUUGCUCUCGGGCGAUUCCGUGUUUUCUAAAGAUAAUCAUGCAUUAAUUCAGGUGAGUGCAUAUCAAACAUUCUCCCCUGAGCUUUGA